AUGCGGGCUGCCCUGCAGAGCAGCGACGCCCGCUGCCUGGCCCUGCAGGUAGGACUGCGGAAAAGCCAUGCUAGCCGCAAAGAAGAGGGGAGCUGCGUUAUAGGGAGUAAGGGACCGUUAACGCAGAACCACUCCCAGACCAAGUGUCUUCAAAGUGUCCUGAAGGAAGUGGAACUCAUCCGGAGCUCCAGGGAUGGGCAAAUUGAAGAAGCAAUCAGGUUCAAUCAAGAGUUGGAAAGAGAGCUGAAGAGCUCUCAGGAAGCUCUGGUCAAUCUGGAAGACUGCAACCGUAACCUGAAGAGGGAACAAGCAGAAAUGAGGAAGAAGGUUGAAGAGGCGAGACACGCUGUCCUUAACAGUCUUGGCAAAGUGAAGGAGCUAGAGGUGAAAGCUAACGAAGUGCCACAUCUGCAAAUACACAUUCAGCAGCUAGAAUUGGAAUUGCAGCACUAUAGGUCAGAAAUGGCAAGAUUUCAGCUUCCCUCAAGAAGCAGCCCAGAGCAGAAAGAGGAAGCAGCCUUGCCAGAUGGAAGAUACUGCCUGCCUGCUGUGCAACAGGAUCGACGAUCUCCCACUGGCGGAGCUGGGAUUUCCGAGAAUGAGGAUCAGCUGUUCCGUGCUGUAGAGGGCCAGGCUGCCUCUGAUGAAGAGGAGGAGAAGUGGGCAGGAGACCAUCAGCCAUCCCAGGUGGACCAAAUAACCAAAAUACUGGCCAAGCUCCCUUGCUGUGGCAGCGGAUGUGAUGAAAAAAUGUGGAAAACGCUAACGUCUUACUUGGAGACCACCAAUACUGAUGGCUACAACACAGCCCCCGUGGAUCUUGUGGAGAGGAUCACACAGCUCACUGAACAGCUUGGGCUUAAAGGGCAUGAAGUGAAAAAACUGGAAACAAAUACGGAAGAGAUGAAAGGCCCAUUGCUAGGUGAACUGCAGCAAAAGGUGGAGGAGACCGAAUUGUUGAAGAUGGAGUUGCAGAUGUUGGAGACUGAGAGAGUUAGGCUGUCACUGGUGGAAGAAAAGCUCAUGGAUGUUUUACAGCUUCUUCAACAACUUCGAGACUUGAACAUAUCUAAGCGAGCUUUGGGGAAAAUCUUGCUGAGCACUUUGGAAUCCUGCCGUGACCCCCAACCUGGAAAAGCCCACCUAUUUGAAGUCCUAGAUACUCUUUACCACGAGCUGACAGCCUGUGAACUCUUACAAAGCCAGCCUCUGGAGAAGGCCCAGAGUCGCCAGUCCUUGUCUAAUCCACUGGUCAUCUCGUGCUGA